UGGCUAAACUAUCGCUUCUGGUCAGCCAGCUGGUCUGCCGAUAUGUGACAGAUCGCGAAUAAUUUUAUUUUGAAUCAAAAUCAAUUUGAACAUAAUUGAUUAUAAAUAGGUCAUAUCGGUAGAAGGCGUAUUGUAGUAUACGCGAGAACCAGAUAAAAUGAUUAUUCCUAGCCCAUUUGUUUACUGGGCACAAACUGAAAGUGCGGUUUCAUUGAAGAUAGACUUAAAAAAUGUUGUUAAGCCCGAUGUGAAAGUUCUCGAAAAUAAUAUUAAAUUUGCGGCUCACGGGGUUGGAGCCCGCGGAGAAAGCCGCUAUGAAUUUAAUUUAGAUAUAUAUUCCAGUGUAAAAACAAUAGAAAAUGAUUACCCUACCACCAUCCGUGUAUUUGACAAUAGAGUGGAGAUUGUCCUGCAGAAGGUUGAGCCUGCUUGGUGGCCCCGACUGACCGCUCAGCCACAGAAACCUGCCUGGCUCAAAAUAAACUUUGACCUGUGGAAGUCGGAAGAUGGGUUAGACAGUGAGGAGGAGAAACGCGAUGUCAUGAAAGACUAUCCUGGCAUGUAUGACAAGCUGCACAAAGAGGAAAUGGGUUACAGAAGAGAAGACCUCAAGAAAGUGUACCUGAAGCUAUACAACCUAUUCCAAUUCAUUGGCUACACCUAUGUACUGAUGGUGAUGGCUGUCCGCUACGCUAAACUGGACUAUGACUCCGUGGCCGACACCUAUGAGCAUGUGGGACCUGCUAUGAAGUUCCUACAGCUACUGCAGUACCUUGAAGUCAUGCACCCGCUGUUUGGAUAUACCAGGGGCGGUGUCCUAGUUCCGUUCCUACAAGUGUCCGGGCGAGCGUUCGUGCUGUUCGCGAUGAUAGAGGCCGAACCUCGCAUGCACACGAAGCCGGUGGUCUUCUACCUGUUCGUCAUGUGGAGUAUGAUCGAAGUCGUCAGGUAUCCUUACUACAUAUCUCAGCUUUACAAGAAGGAAAUCUACAUUCUGACUUGGCUUCGGUACACAAUGUGGAUCCCUCUCUAUCCCCUCGGUAUAUUAUGCGAAGCUACAGUAAUCUUACGGAACAUACCAUACUUUGAAGAAACAGGCAAGUUUACAUAUUCCUUACCCAAUGAAUGGAACUUCGCCUUCCACAUGCCAAACUUCCUGAGAGUCUACUUACUUUUCUUGACCUUCCCUGGAAUGUACUUCGUAAUGAGCCAUAUGCAUAAACUAAGAACCAUCAAACUUAAGCCAAAGGUUAUUAUUAAGAAGUCAAAAUAGACUGAUAAUAUUGUCACCAAUUUAUGAGACUGGUGUUCUGUUUAACAUGGAUAAAUUGCAUGUAUUAUUUUAUAUUUUUUUUACCGUAACUUCUUUUAAACUGAAUUUAUAAAAUUUUGGUAUUGUUACCUCGUCAAUUCUGGCAUUUAUGAACCGUUUCGGUUGAGAUUAAUAAAAAAAUAUUAUAUAGAUGGGGAACUUACAAUUAAUAGUCCACUGAUUUUCACCGCGAGGUAAAGCUAGUACAUGUUAUAUUUUUUUACUGACCAAAGAAGGCAACACAGUUUAGCCAUAAAAUCCACUUUAAUAAAUAUCGCACACUGUUCCCUAGCUUUGUAAAUAUUGCUCGUCUUGUGAUCCCUUUAGCCUUAAAACUUUGGCUCUUUGUACUUGAGGCAAUGUAAGUCUGGUACCUGACGAUUUUAGUCUCCAUGUGACUAUUGCGAUAUCUUACAAGAUGUUCGUAAAUAAGCACGUGUUGUUGGAAGUCUUCGAGUACGAUAUUUGCGUUGUUUCGUGUAUGAAAAAAAACUUAGAUAAAUAUGUGAAGUAGUUUUUACUUGUUUUUAUAUUUAUUACAAAUCAGGUGUUAUGGUAUUACGUAAUAUAUUCUAACAAGCAACAAGGCAGCUAUUUAGUUCCUUUACAACUUUAACAA